AGUUCAUCUAAUAAGUUGAUUGAAGUGUUUAUUUUAGGCCCGUUGUGAGUGUUUACAAACACUGGACAACAGCUGACCGGUGGAGCGGCGUCAUGAAGCUGUACUGCCUGAGUGGGCACCCAAACAAACCAUGCAAUGUGGUGACAUUCAAGAGCUGCACGCUGAUGCUGGACUGUGGCAUGGACAUGAGCAGUGUCAGUCACUUCCUCCCUCUGCCACUGGUGGCAUCACAGAGGCUUGGUGUCCUCAGCACUUGGGUUCCAAGAGAUGCCGAUUCACAACUCGAAGGGGAACUUAGAGAGUGUAUGAACAGAAUAUUUGUGGACUCCCCUCCUGAGUUUGUACCUCCAACAUCAGGCUUGGUUGAUUUCUCAGAAGUGGAUGCCAUCCUAGUGUCCAAUUAUCACAGCAUGCUCGCACUACCUUUCAUUACCAAUGGUACUGGAUUUAAAGGCGUUGUAAUUAUGACAGAGCCAACUAUGCAGAUAGGAAGGUUAUUCAUGGAGGAACUGGUGGAAUACAUAGAGAGAACACCAAAAGCCAGACACGCAUCCCGCUGGAAACAUUACCUGCGGUCCCUGCCUGCUCCUCUUGGUGAGGCCAAGGCACCAAACACAUGGCAUCCAGCAUAUUCCAUGAAAUCCAUUAAUUCUGCUCUCACUCAUGUUCAAAUUCUUGCCUACAAUGAGAAUAUUGACAUAUGUGGAGCAUUGAAGGUAACAGCAGUAAGUUCUGGAUUCUGCCUUGGCAGCUGCAACUGGCUCAUUUGUUCCGACCACGAGAAGAUAGCUUACCUCAGUGGCUCUUCGACGCUGACGACCCAUCCUCGCCCCAUUGACCAAAAUUCUCUGAAAAAUGCUGACGUGCUCAUCAUGACGGCUCUCAACCACACUCCGAUGUUCAAUCCUGAUUCUAUGCUGGGAGAGUUUUGUGUAGCAGUUGCUCAAACUGUUCGAAAUGGUGGCAAUGCUCUUGUCCCGUGCUAUCCAAGUGGAGUCGUGUACGACCUUUUUGAAUGCCUGUCAAAUCACCUCGAUAACAUUGGACUGUCGCUGAUACCAAUGUAUUUUGUCUCGCCAAAGGCUGAAAAUUCAUUAGCGUAUUCAAAUAUUUUCUCUGAAUGGUUAUCGUCCAGUAAGCAGGGUAAAGUAUACAGCUUGGACGAUCCAUUUCCUCACGCUUACCUCACCCGUCAUGGCAGGCUCAAACCUUUUAAAUGUUUACAUGCAGAGGGCUUCAGUAGUGAAUACAGACAGCCAUGUAUUGUGUUUUGUGGACACCCAAGUUUACGAUUUGGAGAUGCCGUUCAUUUUAUAGACAUGUGGGGCAACAACUCUCAGAAUGCUAUACUCUUUACAGAGCCCGAGUUUGACUUCGUUGAAGCACUUGCACCGUACCAGCCAUUGGUGAUGCGUCCAGUUUACUGUCCCAUUGACACUAGUCUUGACUUCACACAGGCAAGAAAACUGAUCAAUGAAUUAAAACCGGGCAAAAUAGUGGUGCCAGACGUGUACCUGCAUCCCCCGAGUAACGCACCACACCGCACAGAUCUCAUGCUCAAUUUGGACGAAACGCCACUGACGUACAGUGAGUGUCAGGUACUGAGCCUGGGGAUCCACCGCCGCUUGGAGACCAUGAGUCUCUCCGCAGACUUGGCACUCUCCCUCAACCCCAGCACCAUCAGGCCUGGGCUCAACACGGCAACAAUUACUGCAGCACUUCACAUCCAGGAUAACAAAUAUGUUUUGAAGCCCUUGGAAGAUAGCGAUGAAGAAGGCUCCAACAAGUUGCCACGCUGUUACCCAUAUGGCAACUUGAACGUAGAUGACUUGGUGCAGCGUUUGGCUCAGGCUGGCCUUACAGAUGCCAGGGUAGAGGAACUAACAGGGGUGUACAUCAUAACGCUGGCAAAUGCAGAUGUGAUAAUAAAGAUCAGCGAUGCCUCCACACACAUCAUCUCCAGCAAUGGUCAGCUGCGGGAGAAGCUUAGAGACAUUCUGCUGGAAUGUCUUGGCAGCUUCUAAGUCUGAAUGCUGGCCAGCUGUGGAAGAAGUUUCAACUUCAUGCUGGAGUGUCUCCUUGGCUCUUGACCACAAUUAACAUUUCAUGUAAAAUAAUAAUAUAAAUAUGUUUAGGAAUAAUCAAGUUUUAUUGAUAAAUCCAAAAAAAUUUUUCUAGCAUUUACAGUUUUACAUGCACAAUAAAAGUCUUUUGCAGUA